AUGUCUGACCAAACCAACGAGCAACAAACCCCCUCGACCCUCCAGUCUUACGUUAACUCCGCCACUGGAGCCGUGCAGAGUGCUAUCGGAAGUCUGACUGGCAACAACGCUCAGCAGGCGGAAGGCCAGGUUGCUCAAGACCAGGCCAAGGUUGAACACGAGCAGUCCAAGGCUGGCAUCAAGGCUGGCGGCGUCAGCAUCACGACGGACGGCGGCAUCGCCAAGGACAGUGCCGACCGAACUGACGGUUCCUGGAACCAGACUAUCGGCUCUGCCAAGGAAGCCGUUGGUGGUCUCAUCGGCCACCAGGGCCUGAAGAACGCCGGUCGCGAACAGAACCUCGAGGGACAACAGCAGGAGGCCAAGGGCCAACUCGGUGAUCUAGCCGGCGGCGUUGGUGACCGUGCCAAGGGCGUUGUGGGCGGUGCCGUGGCCUCGGCUAUGGGAGAUGAGUCGGGUAAGGCUCACUAUGACCAGCUGCGCGCCGACGGCAAGGCUGCCCAGCGUGGUGUUGAAGCUGAUCUCGAGAAGCGUGCCGAAGCUGAGCAGGCACAGAAGAACAAGGAGUAG